AUGUUUAUUCUAGAUGAUUAUAUAUCUAUUGAUGAAUCAUCAUUUACAGGUGAAACAAAACCAUCAAUGAAAAUGGUCGAUUCAAUUUCAUUUGGUUCAAGACGAACAUCGAUUAGUGAUAGACGAAAUAUUGUUUUUAUGGGUACAUAUGUACUUAAUGGAAAUGCAAAAGGUAUUGUGGUAUGUACAGGUGAAAAUUCAGAAUUUGGAAAAGUAUUUCAAAUGAUGCAACAACAAGAAGCACGAAAAACACCAUUACAAAAGAGUAUGGAUGCAUUAGGAAAACAACUUUCAUAUUAUUCAUUAAGUAUUAUUGGUUUUAUUGUUAUUGUUGGAUGA